AUGAUUCUCCUAGCAUUUCCCGGGUUGGAAACAUAUCGUGCCCGACCCUUCCCCCGGUAUGGUUCCCAGCAUCGACAUCUGCGAGAGCCAGAGGAUCAUCGGAUUGAUAUUCCAGAGAACAUUUUGGUCGAGCACAUUGAGUUUUUCCGGGAAAAGAUCUUGUACUAUGUACCUGUCAUUGACGAUGCCGACCUCAGUGAUGAGCGCCAUGUUAUCGCUUAUAAACGACCUCUGGCUUACUGUGCAAGUUAUGUUGCUUCGCAAUUCAUUUCAGGAAGUACAAAUGUACGACAGAAGCUUCUGGCCCAUGUCUCAGAGUUCCUUGAGACCAUUCGUGGCCCUUUGACGCAGGAUGGAGACAAAUUAUGGACGCAACUGCAAGCCCUGGCCAUUCUCUAUGCAUAUUGUCCUCCUGGAGAGAUAUUUCCACUCUCUGGAGCGUCUCAGCCAGUGGCGGCCUUGCUCGACUACUACACCCUGAAGUCUUCAGUUGAGGCUUUCGCAUUCAGAGCGGGGCUACACCGUUCAAUCGACAGACUUAGGAUUGUGGUACGAGGUGGAGCUUCGUCAGAUAUAUCAAAGUCGUCGGCGUUUUCCAUGUACGUGUACUGGCUUUGGCUGGUGACAAUGUCCCAUCACUUCUCCGUGAUGACUCGGACACCUCCGACACUACAGGAGGACAGCACUACCGCUGUAGCCUUCGGCUUUCUACGAGACAUCCCCCGACCACCGCGAGUGACUCGCGUUCUCGCCGAAGUUGAUCUUCAGACACUAUGGCGGCAAGCUGGCCGAAGUGCCCCCGGUCUUUCCGAGUGGUGGUGUACGCCUUCAGACUCGAUAAGUGUCGAGGGAAUUGUUGCUGUUCUGGAGGACCUGGAAGGGGCUCUAGAAGUAUGGGGCAUAAGAUGGGGUCUUCGUGGCGAGUCCAACGUAACCAUAUCAAAUGUCGACAUAUCAAAAAAUGGAGCCGUGAAUUUCCACUUCCAAGCUACUCGCUUCUUCAUUAGCGCAUUUGCCACUCGGUACAUUCUGGAAAAAGAUCGAACUGCAGCGGUGGUUGAGGAAUCUACUUCUUCACGUGGAAAAAUCCUCAGCCCGUUGGGCAGAGAGUCGGUUGUGAAAUCAUUUCAGGCGGCGCAUGCCUUUUCACGAUGCCUGGUGGAUAUUUCGCCGCUACGGCGUGAGAAUGUCCGGUACAUGGGUGAAUUUGGGUACGCUUUAAUCGCCUUCUGCUGCCUCUACCUCGUCCAGUUGUACGAAUUCUUCGGAACGGCGCUACAGCUGCCGGAAAGUUACAUGACAUCCGUGGAGGAGGUCGCCGCUUUCAUGAGAGAAAUGGCUAUUGCCAAUAACAUCACUCCGCGUCUCUACGGGAAUUUGGUAUCACAGCAAGUGAAACAGGUUCUCGAAGGGCUUUCAGAACAUGUCGACAGAGACAAAACGAGGGAAUUUUCUGCUUCGGACUGA